AUGCCCAUAAACAACGUACGUGAACUGUGCACAAUGUUUGUCAGUUUGAAUUAGACAGAUACAUUUUUUAACUGAAUAAUUGUAUUUCAGUGGAUCGGCGAAACCGGAUUAAGAGCGGCAGCUGAAGGCCGAGUGGUGACGGCUAAACUCGUUUGCAGAGACGCCUCGCCAAAGUCAAAGCUUUCUGGUGUCUUCACCCCGUGCGUGGCAUUCAGGGUGGCCGGUUCACCAUCUAAAAGUAGUCGGUAUUCGUGGCUGGAAAAUUUGUCGUAUUUUACGUUCGAGAAGUGAUGUUCUCUUCGACGACACAACUUUCCCAAGGCCUUUCCGCCACAGAAUACACGGCUAUUGGUCUCUCGUCCGUGAUCCUUGCUUUGAUCUACGUCGCCAGCGUGUCCUUGUACCUGCAUAGCAAAAAGGCUAGAAGGAAAAUCGUCGAGGAGCCGGAAAUAAGUCUGACUCCUCCUGGUCGAGAAGUUAGUGGAUUGGUGAAGAACAACCCUUUGCUCGCUGCUUCGAGACAUUUUGAAAGCGAUACAAAUAGCGGUUUAACGGAGAGCGAUCUUGGCGAUGAUCUUCCAGCGAGCGAUGGUGAACAAGGAUUCGAAAAUGUUCGUAGAGCUUUUCUUUUAAACUGUUGUGUGUUUGAAGGUAUCAGCAUUAUUUCUGAAAACAUGAAGGAAACUUUGUUUGUUGAGACUGUUUUUUUUGUAGGUUUCGGAGGUUUCAAAAUCAUUUCCAAUUUUUUUAAAUGGAAUCAUACACUUUUCCACCCAUUAAUCGAUGCAGCUCGACAUUAAUUCUCUAUAAAGGAAAAAAAAGUAUUUAGUUCAUUAAUUUAGUUACUUUAAUUAGUUACUUUAGUUGCUUUAAUUUAGUUCAUUAAUUUAGUCACUUUAACUUUAAUUCCAGAAAUUUCAAAUAAAUUCCACCGCUCCUAUCUUUCACAAAUUUUGAUUGAAGUUAAAAUAUCUCCUUGAUAUCUCCUUUAAUAAAAAUCAACAGUUUCUCAAUAUGUGAGUUAAUACUAUUUUUUAUAGAGAAUCUCAAGCUUCGUCGGAAAAGUAUAUCGUUCCAUUUACAAAAAGAAUUAUUAUGGCAGCCUUUAUAUACUAAAUAA